UGCAGACGACGUUAAAUUUUUUUUUUUGUAGUUACUACUAUAUUUUUAUUUAUUUCUUUUUACCUUUUAAUUUUAAAAACAUAAUUAAUUUGAUAAUAUAUAUAUUUUUUUUAAAGAUAUCGAAUAUGAAAUAACACAAUCCUAUUGGUUGGUGAAUCUAGAGGUUUACCCUAGAGGUGAACCCAAUAAUAAGUCUUUUUAAAAGAUAUUGAAUAUGAAAUGACACAAUCUCAUUGGUAUAACUCAUGAGCAAGCUCAGCUCAGCUUGAUUUAUUUAUCUGUGCAUGGUGCUUGGUCACCAUUGCUAAACUAUGUUCUAUGGCCUUUCUUUUGGCCUUUUUCUUUGAAUGGAAGUACUUAUUGUUAAAAAAAGAACUAUGUUUCCUAGGCUCAUUUAAUAAAUGAGCUUAAUGAUCAGAUUUAAAUUAAAUCAUGAGUUAUAUGCAUUGAUGACUUUUACUUUUCUUACGUAAGAAAAUAUAAUUUCUAUAUUAAUCAUAUCGUCUUCUAAAAUUAAAAUGUAAAACCAAAAAGUUUUAAGUAUAUAUAAAAAUGUAAGAUAUUAUUGAUAGAAAUCCUCAUAUCAUAUAUAUCUUUAGAAUUAAAAUGUAAAACAAAAUAUUCCUAUAACUCUCAUGCGGCAUAAAUAUCUCUUUUUUUUCUAGACAAACGGCAUAAAUAUCGUUAUGAUUUAAACAUAUGAAGACUUUGAAGAUCACUCAUCUUAAGACUCUUAUGUGGAAUAGACUUUUGGAUCAUUGAUUUAGCUUUGAUGUAAUUUAUUAGUAGGUGUUGGAUUUAUUUAGUAUUUAAUAUUGAUGUUUUGAAUUUUAGGUAUUUAAAUUUUAAAUUAUAUUCUGAAAUUAUUUUAUUCUAUAAUUCAUAAUUUUUAUAAUUUUAUAUUUGAUCGCUAAGCUAAAAUAGCUCAUGAAAAAUCCAAAUUUACUAUAAGAUAAAUUGAGUUGAGCGAGCUAACUCAUUUUGACACCCCUAAUUAUAUUGUCUUACUUAACAAUUUGGUUCUUAGCUGAGGUGUGAAGUAUUGUAUUAUGUGACUUGAAAUUAAUGAUUUGUUUUCUAUCUCUUCUUUGGUUUUUUUUUUUUUUUUUUUUUUUUGUUAUCAACAUUACAGACUCAUAUUGACUUUGUGAACUACACUGGGAGAUCUUGAUCCAUGUGAACUACAAAUGACGUUGCCUUCCUAGCGCUACGGGCUAAGCUAUCCGCCUUCUUGUUCUGCGUUCUUAGUACAUAGAUAAUCUCUGCUCGGAAAAAACUCUUUUUCAGGCUGUUUAUAUCCUCCAAAUAACUUGCAAACGCUGACCAUUCUUCUGGUUCUGAAACCAUAUUCACCAAUUGAGAACAAUCCGUUGCAAACGUAAUCUGAAAUUGUCGUAAGUUUUUCAUACAUUCUAUUGCCCAUAGUAAAGCUUCCAUCUCCGCAUGAAGAGGAGAGAGGGAAGCCCGGACAUUCCUUGGUAAAUGCUUACAAUAAUUGAUGGACCUGUUAUUUUAUUAUCUAAUUUAAAGACAAAUUAGCAAUACUUUUACGAUUUACGCCGCUAAUACUAAGUCAACAGAUUAUAUACUUUAGCACUAAUUGAAAAAAAAAACUAAAUAAAUAAGUAAAGCUAAAGAAACUAGUGAUCUAGCCUGUCAGGAAAAAAGAUUUGUGAUAUUAUCUCUCUAAUUUAAAUAUUAUGUAUAUACUUUGCUUUUGCUUGCAAGUCAUGUUUUUCAAUUACGUGAACCUCUCUUUGUUUACUUCUGAUCUUUAAUUUGGUUUUCUUGUCCUUCACAAACCAAUCAUACACCGUGUAUCUAUUAUCUUGUUCGUCUAUGAUUGGUCGUUCUCCGUCACAGCCAGUAGCUUUAUUUCUUUAACGUACGUUUCAAUCAUCUCUUCUCCUAAUCCAGCCCUAGCUCGGCGAUCUACGCAAACACCUUAUUGUAAUAUAGUACAACCAACCAUAUAAAUAGCAAUUUAUAUGCUUCCCAAAAUCUUCCUUCUUUAUUUCUCAAAAUUUGAUUGAAAAGAAUUCUUAAACCAUUCUUAAGAAAAGGAAAGAUGGGCCUUUCUUACGGCAGCACCGGAGUUAUAAUCGUUGGAGUUAUUCUGAAUGAUCUUAUGAAAGAGGUUUGUUCUUUUCUUGACCUAACUCGUUUGUUAGGUCUUUAUUCGUCGGAAGCUUCGGGAAGCAUAAACAAGAUUCCGAUGGAUGAUAUACUUCCAGCUACGAAAUUUGAGGAUAUGUCUCGGGUGAAUCCGCCGGAGAGUUGUCGGAUAUGUCAAGAUGAGUUCGAAGGUGGUGAACAAGUCCGGUCUUUGAGGAAUUGCGCUCAUGUUUUUCACAAGACAUGUAUUGACCGUUGGAUCCAUGACGACAAGAUGACUUGUCCUUUGUGUAGGACCUUAAUCAUCCCUGAUUUCUAUUUCUUUCGCUUGUAAAAUCUCAAAAGAGAUGCAACAAUCGUUUGAAAAACUAUUUUUGGAUACUUUUUGGUAUAUAUCUUUAUCAUUAGAACGAUCUCUCAGACAGUUUCUCGUAAGAGUAAUUCCAAAGUAACACCAAGAGGCUAUAUAUAUUGAAUGCUUUCGAAUGGAACUACAAAUAUGACAUCAAAAUAUAUAUCUCCUAAAUAUUAUUUGCAAAAUGAUUUGUAUAUGUGUCAUUACCACAAUCAUUCCCAACAAAGAAAAAAUGAUGGCUUUUUAAAAAUAUGACAUGGCAUUGUGACAUAUAUAAUUUCUCUUACAAGGAUUUCUAUUUUUUGGCAAGGUUUUCUAAAUAUUGUAAUGGCUAAUAACUAUUAUAUCAUCUUUAAUGUAAGUUUUCUAUAUAAAUAUUUAUUUUUAGCAAAUGUUUUGAAAUAUAGUAAUAUUGAUAACUCAUAUAUCAACAUUAAAUAAUAUAUAUAUAUAUAUCAAAUUAAUAAAAAUAAAUGAAAUCUAAGUACAAAUUUCUUUUACAUCAACUUAUAUAUCAUAUUUUGUAUAUAUAAUCAAAAUUUUGUUGAUAGUUAAAUGAUUACAUUUUAUUCAAAUUUAUCGGUUCAUUAAGUUGAUUAACAUAUUUAUUUUUACGAGUUUAACGUAAUUUAACUAAAAGCAAAAAGAAUUUAUAUGAUAAAAUAUAAUGAUAUAAAUAACAUUAUUUUUAUAAAAAUGUAAACUAUUCUCUAUUAUACCAUCCAGAACAUAUGGUAUUCCAAAGUAGCACCAAAACCUACAUAUAUUUAAUGGUGAAUGCUUUCCAAUAGAACUACAAAUAAGGCAUCAAAAUAUAUAUAUCUCCUGAAUAUUAUUUGCAAAGUGAUUUGUAUAUGUGUCAUCACCACAAUCAUUCUCAACAAAAAAUAUGACAUAGCAUUUAAAAAAUACUAGCGCUAGAUCCGCACGCACGUAUGUAUAUUAAUUUUACAUUUUUAUAAACUGAUAUUUUUUUUUCAUGAUUAGUGUUAUAUAUUUUAAAUGUGUCACCGUAAAAUUAAUUGUAUUCAAAACACCUGGACUGAAUCGGGUAUUAAGAUUAUUUUUGGUACAAAUAUCCGAGUCCAUUUCAGAUACAUUGGUUAUUUAGAUAUUUUUAUGUUUUUACACAUCAGAAUCAAAAUCAUUCAGACCCGGAAGGACCCAACUCAAACCCCACUAAUUUAAAGGCCCCAAAAAAAUUGAUCCAAAAAAAAAACUUGUACCUCAAUGAAUACCCGAAUGUUUAUACCUAACUGAUUCUGUAAAUAAAUAAAAAAAAUAUUUCUAUAUGUUUGACUAUUUUUUAUUUAGUAAAAUAGUUAUAUGGAGUGAAACAUUAAAUGACAAUAAAUGUAGUACAUUUUAAUUAUUUUGAUUUAACAUAUUAUUUUGUUCAUAUAAACUAUGCCUUUUAAUUUUGUGUUUGACUACAAAAUUUUCACCGAUUGAAACUAAGAUAAAGAAAAAGUUUUAGUAAAACAGAUUAAACCGAAAUAUUAACCAUAUGAAAAACCCCGGUUAUUUUACAUUUUUUAUUUCUAUAAUCUGCACAAAGUUAAUGUUGAUUAACUAAUAAAUAAAAAUCUGCAUUAUUACUUUUAUGGUAAUAUAAAAUGUAGUUUUAAGAUAAAUAUAAUUAAUGAUGUUAUGUACUGUUAAGUUAAUAUAAUUAAUUAAAUUAAUAAAAUGACACUAUACUUUUUUUGUAUAUUUCUAUAUCCAUGUUUUCAAACAAUUUUUGUUUAUACUGAUACCUAUAUUUCCAAACAAAUCCCAAAUGUACUUCAGUUUUAAUAAUAUAGAUGACAUAGCAUUGUGACAUGUAUAUUUUCUUUUAUAAGGAUUUCUAUUUCUUGGCAGUUUUUUCUCUAAAUAUGGUAAUGAAUAAAAACUCUUAUACCAUCGUUAAAGUAAAUUUUCUAUAUAAAUUUUGUUUUUAGCAAAAUUUUUGAAAUAUAUUAGUAACUGAUAAAUCAUAUAUCAAAAUUAAGAUAUAUAUAUAUAUAAUUAAUAAAAUAAAUGGAAUAUAACUACAAAUAUUUUUUACAUCAACUUAUAUAUCAUAUUUUGUAUAUAUAUAAUCAAAAUUAAUUGCAAGUGUUCAUUAACAAAUACCAAAAUAUAGCAAUACUAAUCAAAUCAAAUUUUUGUUAAUAGUUAAACAUUUAAAGUUUAUUUAAAUUCAUCGGUUCAUUAAAUAAUCUAGUUAUGUAUCAAAAACAAUUGGGGGAAUUCUGCUUUUACGCCAUUUUUUUACCAUUAUUCAUGUUUACUCUCAUUAGAUUGACAUUUUCAUAAAUACCUAAAGUAUGAGGUUUCAUUAAAGAAAGAAAAGACUUUUCUACCUUGAUUUAUAGAUAAAAUACAAAUAUUUAUUAAAAUAAAUAAUAAAAAUGAAAAACAUUAAUAGUUUCAGAUAUAAGUUUUUUAAUUUGAAUUUUUUAUAAUUUUUUAUAAUUAUUUUUUCUUCAAAAUGUUUUUUCAAAAAUUAUACUGAAAUUUGAAAAUGAUUUUUAAAUUAUUUUAAAAUUUUAUUUUAAAUAUUUAUUUAUUUAUUUUUAAAAGUUUUAAACGCUACCCUCCAAAACCGCACCCCUAAAUUUGAACCUUAAAUCUAGAUUAAUUAAUCCUUCACUAUAAGAAAAUAUCAAAUUACCAAACUGCAUGUUCCAUAUUAUGCAGUCGCAAAAUAUUAAGAUUGAAUUGCUAUUAUGUAGCGAUUGUUUUACGACUAAAUGAAUCAGUUGCAAAACAGUCGCUAAAAUUACCGACUGUAUUGCGACUAUCCACUGUGGUCGGCACUAGUGGUUUCGAAUCAGUCGCUAGUUAGCGACUGAUUUGCGACUACUUACUCUAUAACCAAAAAAUUUUUGACCCUUAGAUUAAAAUGAAACUAAUGGCUGAGAUGAAAAUUUUUGUUAUAGAGUAAAUAUUCACAAAAUUGCGACUGAUUUACGACUGAUAAUUUCUGCGACAUUAUGAUUUGUGACUGCGUGCAUCAGUUGCAAAUCAGCCGUAAAUCAGCCGCAAAACGUAAGUUUACAACUGAUUAGCUACUGAUUUUGUAGUCGGAAAAUACAUGUUCCCUUGUACUGCUAGAGAUAUAAGUGUAUAUCUAUCUCUUUAAAACUAAAGAUAAAUGUGAACAUGAAAAAUGAUUUUAAGAAUGUGGUAGCUUAAACAAUUCAUCAAAAAAAUUUAUAUACACAAAAUCUUUACAAUGGUAUUAUAUCAAACAAUUGAGUUAUGUCCUCACAAAAGUUAUAUGGCGUUAUGUGUCUAUUUUUCCAUUACAGUCGCACUAGUAAUAGAUUUAAAUGGGACAUCAAAUAAAUUUCUUUAAAUAAUAAAUAUUAUUGAACAAAAUUAAAAUAAAAUUUAAAAUUUAAAAAAUUUCUUAGUUCUUAUAAAAUUAGUCAGUCAACAUAUACAUAGAAAUGUGAAGAGUACACUUUUUAUAAAAGUACAAAAUCAUGAAUUAUAUAGAUGAAACAACAUGAUUUUUUUGUCAUCAACAUAAAUAAACUCACUAAAACUCUAUAUAUAAUACUAGUAACUUUGCAUUCAUAUGAACGACAAAAGACGUUUAUUUCUUAGCACUGCGUGCAAGACUGUCCACUUUUGAAUUCAUCAUUCUUAGUAUAUGAAUGAGCUCAGAGGAGUGGAAGCUUCUUCUCAGGAUCUUGAUAUAUUCUAAAUAACUUGCAAACAAUGUCUAUUCUCUUGGUUCCAAAACCAUUUUCACUAAU